AUGCCAAAGAAAGUCGCACUGAUUACCGGUGGAGCAUCAGGCAUGGGCCUCGCCGUUGCAACCGCCCUCUCGAAUCGCAUGCAUGAAGACUGGGAUAUCCACCUCAUUGACCUGAACGCCGAAGCCGGCAAACAAGUGACUGCCAAACUGAAGAACACGCACUUCCACCAAACAAACGUGACAGACUACAUGUCCCUCGUCUCAGCUUUUGAAGCCACGUACAACACAUCCCAGCGUCUAGAUUUUGUUUACGCAAACGCUGGUAUCGUGGAGCGCGACAACUUCUACGCAAAACACGACCUAGACGGUCCGCCUCCUCCGCCUCCAAAUCAACUAAGCGUGGAUAUCAACUUGAAGGCUGUGAUCAACACAUCAUAUCUUGCUCUACAUUACUUCCGCAAAGCGAUAGCCAAGCAUGGAAGGGAGAAUGUAGAUCCUGUGUUGGUCAUGACAGCAUCUUGUGGCGGUCUCUAUCCGUCAGAGUUCUGUCCUAUGUAUAGUGGGAGCAAAGCAGCUGUUGUGCAAUUCAACCGCGCAAUCACCGUCGCAUACCACCACGAAGGGGUACGGACGUUUGCUACGUGCCCUGGGACUAUCAACACUGGUCUCUUGAGUCAGGAAGAAUGGAAGUCUUUCCCCUUGGAGUACUUCACACCCAUGGAGACGCUGGUCGAUAUUGUAGUGAAACUGGUGGAUGGAGGCGAUAUAGUGGACGCAAAGGGGGUGAAGAAGACGCGAGAGGAGAACUGGGGGUUGACGGUGGAAGUGAACGGCAACAACUUCUAUCUCAGAGAAGGACCAGAGUUCUGUGAUGAUAAUAUGAGGGUGAUGAUGGCGAAUACUAGCAUGGCGAAGCAACUAGCUAGAAUCGAGGGAGGCAAGACAAAUGGAACGAACGGGGCUUGA